CGCGGGGCCGCUCGCGACACCGGGACGUGCGGGGCUGGGCGGCCCGGCCGGCCUCGGGAACGCCGCGGCAUGAGGCGGAGAUUAAGGUGACAGUGUCUGGUGGAUCAGCAGCCCUCCCGUUGCCCCUCUCGGGGUGCUGAUUGUCGAGAGCAUGGAGGAGAACAAGCACGAGGUGAUGAACCAAGCUCAUGUCCUUUUCGACCGAUUUGUCCAGGCCACCACCUGUAAGGGAACCCUCAGGGCCUUCCAGGAACUCUGUGACCACCUGGAACUGAAGCCUAAGGACUACCGCUCCUUCUACCACAAGCUGAAGUCCAAGCUCAACUACUGGAAGGCCAAAGCCCUCUGGACCAAGUUGGACAAACGGGGCAGUCACAAAGACUACAGAAAGGGAAAAGCAUGUGCUAACACCAAGUGUCUCAUCAUUGGUGCUGGUCCCUGUGGUCUGCGCACAGCCAUCGACUUGUCCUUGUUGGGAGCCAAGGUGGUGGUUAUUGAGAAGCGAGAUGCUUUUUCCCGCAACAAUGUCUUACAUCUCUGGCCCUUCACCAUACAUGAUCUGCGAGGUCUGGGUGCCAAGAAAUUCUAUGGCAAGUUCUGUGCUGGAGCCAUUGACCAUAUCAGUAUCCGUCAGCUCCAGCUGAUACUGUUGAAAGUAGCCUUGAUCCUAGGUAUCGAAAUCCAUGUCAAUGUGGAAUUCCAAGGACUUGUACAGCCUCCUGAGGACCAAGAGAAUGAACGGAUAGGUUGGCGGGCACUGGUACACCCCAAAACUCAUCCUGUAUCAGAAUAUGAGUUUGAAGUGAUCAUCGGUGGGGAUGGCCGGAGGAACACGUUGGAAGGAUUUCGUCGGAAAGAAUUCCGUGGCAAACUGGCCAUUGCCAUUACAGCAAAUUUUAUUAACCGGAAUACAACUGCAGAAGCCAAAGUGGAGGAGAUCAGUGGUGUGGCUUUUAUAUUCAACCAGAAAUUUUUUCAAGAACUGAGAGAAGCCACAGGUAUUGAUUUGGAGAACAUCGUCUACUAUAAAGAUGAUACGCACUAUUUCGUUAUGACAGCCAAAAAGCAGAGUUUACUGGACAAAGGGGUGAUACUGCAUGACUAUACUGACACAGAGCUUCUGCUCUCCCGGGAAAAUGUGGACCAGGAGGCCCUGCUGAACUACGCCCGGGAGGCGGCGGACUUCUCCACGCAGCAUCAGCUGCCCUCUCUGGAUUUCGCCAUCAAUCACUAUGGGCAGCCCGAUGUGGCUAUGUUUGACUUCACGUGUAUGUAUGCCUCUGAGAACGCUGCCUUGGUACGGGAGCAUAACGGACACCAGUUAUUAGUGGCUCUGGUUGGGGACAGCCUCCUGGAGCCUUUCUGGCCAAUGGGAACAGGAAUAGCCCGGGGCUUUCUUGCUGCUAUGGACUCUGCCUGGAUGGUACGAAGUUGGUCUCUAGGAAGCAGCCCGUUGGAAGUCCUGGCAGAGAGGGAAAGCAUUUACAGGCUGCUCCCUCAGACCACCCCUGAGAAUGUGAGCAAAAACUUCAGCCAAUACAGCAUCGACCCUGUCACGAGGUACCCCAAUAUCAACAUCAACUUCCUCAGGCCAAGCCAGGUACGCCAUUUGUACGAUACUGGAGAAACAAAAGAUAUUCAUCUGGAAAUGGAAAACCUAGUGAAUUCCCGAACCACCCCGAAGUUGACUCGCAAUGAGUCUGUAGCUCGCUCAAGCAAACUUCUGGGUUGGUGCCAAAGGCAGACAGAUGGUUAUGCAGGCGUAAAUGUGACAGAUCUCACCAUGUCCUGGAAAAGUGGCCUGGCCCUAUGUGCGAUUAUCCACAGAUACCGCCCUGACCUAAUAGAUUUUGACUCUCUGGAUGAGCAGAAUGUGGAGAAGAAUAACCAGCUGGCCUUUGACAUUGCCGAGAAGGAGCUGGGCAUCCCUCCCAUCAUGACAGGCAAGGACAUGGCAUCCGUGGGGGCCCCAGACAAGCUGUCCAUGGUGAUGUACCUGACGCAGUUCUAUGAGAUGUUCAAGGACUCGCUCUCCUGCGCUGAUCACUUGGAUCUGAAUGCUGAGGAGAAAGCAGUUCUAAUAGCCAGCACCAAAUCCCCCAUCUCCUUCCUGAGCAAACUCGGACAGACCAUCUCUCGGAAGCGCUCACCCAAGGAUAAAAAGGAAAAGGACUUAGAAGGGACUGGAAAGAGGAGAAAGACAAGUCAGUCAGAGGAGGAGGAAGCUCCCCGAAGCUGCAGAGGAGAGAGACCAACACUAGUGAGCACUCUGACAGACAGGAGGAUGGACAUUGCUGUUGGCAACCAGAACAAAGUGAAGUAUAUGGCAACCCAACUCCUGGCCAAAUUCGAGGAGAAUGCACCGUCUGCACAGUCCAGUAGCGUCAGGAGACAGCCGGCACAGGAGCGUGGGGUCAGCCAGCCGAGCUGCUGCCUGUCUGAGCAGGGUCGCCCUGCUCCUACCCCCCAGUGGAAACAGGGAUCCAUAAAGAAAGAGUUUCCACAGAACCUGGGCGGCAGCGACACGUGCUAUUUCUGCCAGAAGCGGGUCUAUGUGAUGGAGAGGCUCAGUGCUGAGGGCAAGUUCUUCCACCGAAGCUGCUUCAAGUGCGAGUUCUGCGCCACCACCCUGCGCCUCUCAGCCUACGCCUAUGACACUGAAGAUGGCAAGUUCUACUGUAAACCACACUACUGUUACCGACUCUCUGGCUACGCACAAAGGAAGAGGCCAGCGGUGGCUCCUCCGUCUGGAAAGGAAGCCAAAGGACCCCUGCAGGAUGGCCCAACUGCAGACACAAAUGGACAGGCCAGCACCGUCGCCAGCUCAGCUGAGAGAACUCCAGGUCCCGGUGUGAAUGGCCUGGAGGAGCCUAGCAUCGCCAAGAGGCUGAGGGGCACCCCCGAGAGGAUCGAGCUAGAGAACUACCGCCGGUCUGUGAGACUGGCCGAGGAGCUGGAGGAGGUGCCUGAGGAGACCCAGGCAGAGCACAACCUAAGCAGCGUGCUGGACAAAGGCACCGAAGAGGACGUGGCCAGCAGCAGUUCCGAGUCGGAGAUGGAGGAGGAGGAAGAGGAUGAUGAGGAAGACCAGCUGCCCACCUCUGAUCUGGGUGGUGUUCCUUGGAAAGAGGCAGUGAGGAUCCACGCUCUUCUGAAAGGAAGGAGUGAGGAGGACCUGGAGGCCUCCAAGGGCUUUGGGCCUGAGGAGGAAGAGGAGGAGGGGGAAGAAGAGGAGGAGGAGGAGGAAGAGGACUAUGAAGAAGAGGAAGAAUAUGAUGAAGAGGAGGAAGAAUCCAGUGAAGUGCCUGGCCUUCCUUCCGUACGCCGCGCAGCAGUGCAGGCCUGGCUGGAGACGGUCUCCGGAGCCCCACUGGACGAGAAUGACCUGGAGGAGGACGCAGACUCCGAGCCAGCAGAGACAGAAGGGGAGGCUGUGGAGGAUGGGGACCCCGGAGACACUGGUGCUGAGCUAGAUGACGAUCAGCACUGGUCUGAUGACAUCCCAUCUGACGCUGAAGCAGGGCUUCGGGUGCUACCCCCGACAGAGGCAGAAGGGGAGCUGGAGCUGAGAGUAUCAGAGAACGAGGAGGAUGAGGAGCUUCCUGCCUUACCAAAGCAACAAGAGAGAGGUCCUUCCCAGGUCUCCAGCCCCAUCCACGCUCCUCAGGAACAGGCUGCUCUGCUCACCCCAGCCCACAGCCCCGUGGUCGAGGGAACCCAGAUCUCUUCGGUCUCUGCUGCCACCAAGGUGAGACUCCCCGAGGAGCACCUUUUCCCUCCAUCUCUACUCUCCAGAGAGAAGCCCAAAGCCGGAGCCUCUGCAGAUCCGAAGGCAGCACGCUCUCCCAUCCGAUCACAGCCCAUGGCUCUGCCAGAAGCCAGGUCACCAGCCGACUCCCAGCCUUCAGCGGCUCUGGCGGCACCACUGGCUCCCUGUGCACCCCCUUUCCCCAUCUGCUCUCAGCCCCAGCUUUCCUCAGAGACCACCGUGCCCUCCCCCACCCAGUCCCCCAUACGCUUCCAGCCUGUUCCUACCAAAACAUCCACCCCCCGAGCCCCUCUCCCUGUAAAGAGCCAAGGUGACCCCAAGGACAGACUGGGCAGCCCUCUUGCGGCGGAUGAGCCCGUACGAAGGAGUGAUCUGGUGGAGGAGUUCUGGAUGAAGAGUGCAGAGAUCCGCCGCAGCCUUGGGCUUACACCCGUGGAUCGGAACAAAGGGCCCGAGCCCAGCUUCCCCUCACCAGCCCUGAAGCCAGUGUCCCUAAAGUCCUACUCUGUGGAAAAGUCUCCUCAGGACGAGGGGCUCCAUCUUCUGAAACCCCCACCUGUACCUAAAAGGCUGGGCCUUCCAAAGUUAGCAAGUGAUCAGCCAUCCCUGCUGACUCCCAAGUCCCCUGACCGGGAGCUGAGGAGCUCCCAGGAGGAGCGCAAAGACCUGUCCAGCAGCUCCGGCCUGGGCCUCCAUGGCAGCUCUUCCAACAUGAAAACCUUGGGCAGCCAGAGCUUCAACACCUCAGAUUCCACCAUGCUCACCCCGCCUUCCAGCCCACCUCCGCCCCCACCUCCCGAUGAGGAGCCUGCAACUUUGCGAAGGAAGCCCUACCAGACCCUGGAGUGUAGAGAGGUCCAGCCCAAGGCCUCGGUCAUCCCACCUCCCCCACCCGCCCCAUUUAUGCGGCCCCCACGGGAGCCGGCCCAGCCUCCCAGGGAGGAGGUGCGCAAGUCAUUUGUGGAGAGUGUGGAUGAGAUCCCCUUUGCUGACGACGUGGAGGACACUUAUGACGACAAGACAGAGGACUCAAGUGGGCAGGAGAAGUUCUUCACACCCCCCUCUUGCUGGCCCCUGGCCAAAGAGAACGGGCAGCUGCCUCCUGUGGAGAGCCGGGGCCAGGCCCAGAAGAGGGGGCUGCCCCAGGUCUCUGCCGAAGCCAAGGAGCUGGCUGAGGAGCGCAUGCGAGCCCGGGAGAAGUCCGUGAAGAGCCAGGUGCUGAGAGAUGCCAUGGUCAAGCAGCUGAGCAGGAUGCAGGGGAUGGAGAUGGCGGGUAUGGCCUCCAGAUCCCGGAUGGCACCCUUGGCAUCCUCCAAGGGCAAGGAACCCAGGUCUGAGUCCCCCACUCACCUGGGCCUCAGAGCGUCUGAGCAGUCGACCCUGAAGCACGAAGCUACCAGUGAGGAGGUUCUCUCCCCUCCGUCAGACUCAGGGGGUCCAGAUGGCUCUGUCACCUCAUCUGAGGGUUCCAGCGGGAAGAGCAAGAAGAGGUCAUCCCUCUUCUCCCCGCGCAGAAAUAAGAAAGAGAAGAAGUCCAAAGGGGAGGGACGGCCCCCAGAGAAACCCAGCCCCAGUUUCCUGGAAGAAGCAGCCACAAAGCCCAAGUCCCUGUGGAAGUCGGUCUUCUCUGGGUACAAGAAGGACAAGAAGAAGAGGGGCGAUGAGAAGUCCUGCUCCAGCACCCCGUCCAGCGGUGCCACCGCAGACUCGGGCAGACAUGGGCUGUCUCCUGUUGUGAGAGCAGAGCUGCAGCUCCGGCGCCAGCUGAGUUUCUCUGAAGACUCGGACCUGUCCAGUGAUGAUAUCCUCGAGAGGGCCUCCCAGAAAUCCAAGCGAGAGUUGAUUUAUAUACCACACGCCUUGGCAUUCAGGAGAUCCUACUCAUCAAAGCCAAGAACCUACACAGAGGAGGAACUGAAUGCCAAGCUGACCCGGCGUGUGCAGAAAGCAGCUCGGAGGCAGGCCAAGCAGGAGGAGCUGAAGCGGCUCCAUCGGGCCCAGAUCAUCCAACGGCAGCUGGAGCAGGUGGAGGAGAAGCAGAGGCAGCUGGAGGAGAGGGGGGUAGCGGUGGAGAAGGCGCUGCGAGGUGAAGCAGACUAUUGGGGAGAGUCUUAUUACAGUGGCCUCAUCGACUUGCACCUGGGUGGCAUGGGUAAGAAGGAUGACCCCAAGCUGAUGCAGGAGUGGUUCAAGCUGGUGCAGGAGAAGAACGCCAUGGUGCGCUAUGAGUCGGAGCUGAUGGUCUUUGCCCGGGAGCUGGAGCUGGAAGACCGGCAGAGCCGACUGCAGCAGGAGCUGAGGGAGCGCAUGGCGGUGGAAGAUCAUCUGAAGACUGAGGAAGAGCUGUCGGAGGAGAAGAAGAUCCUGAAUGAGAUGCUGGAGGUGGUGGAGCAGAGAGACUCCCUCGUGGCCCUGUUGGAGGAGCAGCGGCUCCAGGAGAAGGAGGAGGACAAGGAUCUGGAGGCCGCCAUGCUUUGCAAGGGCUUCAGCUUGGACUGGUCCUGA